AUGCGUGCCGCGUCCCCGCUCGUCCUUCGGAGCUGGGGCUCACAACUCGGACGCAAAUGUCUACCAAAUUCAUUCUGCCAGUCAACAAAGAUUACACAACCAGCUUGCAGAACAGUUGCUAGCUAUACACAUCCUCACCAUGCCUCAGCACUAUCCGUUCUCCCCACGGCAGUGGAUACCUCCUCACAGGAGUACCGCGAUAACACCGAACAAAUGCAAGAACUCCUCGACCGGAUGAACAGCCUACACACGACAAUUGCACGCGGAGGAAAUGACAAGGCGCGUGAGAAGCACAUCGCCCGUGGCAAAAUGCUUCCGAGAGACCGGAUCUCCGCCCUAGUCGACCCAGGCACCUCCUUCCUGGAGCUCUCAGCGCUCGCAGGACACGGUGUCUAUGAAGGCGAGGAUGUUCCAGCGGGUGGUAUCAUCACCGGCAUUGGGAUGGUCGAGGGUGUCAACUGCAUGAUCGUUGCCAAUGAUAGCACCGUCAAGGGCGGCACCUACUACCCCAUCACAGUGAAGAAGCACCUCCGCGCACAGGCCAUUGCUCAAGAGAACCGCCUCCCUUGUAUCUACCUUGUUGAUUCUGGUGGCGCAAACCUGCCUCAUCAGGCAGAUGUGUUCCCAGAUCGCGAUCACUUCGGCCGGAUCUUCUUUAACCAGGCCCGCAUGAGCUCCCUUGGCAUCCCACAACUCUCCGUUGUCAUGGGUCCAUGCACGGCGGGUGGUGCAUAUGUGCCUGCUAUGAGUGAUGAAACCAUUAUCGUUGAAAACCAGGGUACCAUCUUCCUGGCAGGCCCGCCUCUCGUCAAGGCCGCGACGGGCGAGGAGGUUUCCGCCGAGGACCUUGGUGGCGGUCAGCUGCAUUCGAGCAUUUCCGGUGUUACAGACUACCUGGCUGUCGAUGAUGCCCACGCUAUUGUCCUUGCUCGCCGCUCGGUCGCGAAUCUCAACUACCCUACCACGACAACUCCGCUCCAGCUGGAGAACAGCAAUGGAGAUUCGCUUGUCGUGAAAGAACCGCUGUACGACCCCAAUGAGCUAAAUGGUAUCGUUGGCACGAAUCUACGCCGCCAAAUCCCUGUUCACGAGGUGAUCGCGCGCAUCGUCGAUGGGAGUGAAUUCGCCGAGUUUAAGCGUGACUAUGGCUCGACCCUGGUAACGGGCUUUGCCCGCAUCCACGGCCAUCGUGUCGGCAUAGUGGCUAACAAUGGAAUCUUGUUCUCCGAGUCCUCGCUCAAGGGAGCACACUUUAUUGAGCUAUGUGCUCAGCGGCGGAUUCCCCUUGUCUUCUUGCAGAAUAUCUCGGGCUUCAUGGUCGGCGCCGAUGCUGAGAAGGGCGGCAUUGCGAAGAACGGUGCUAAGCUUGUUACUGCUGUUGCGUGUGCCGAUGUCCCCAAGUUCACUGUUGUAUUUGGGUCCAGUGCUGGUGCUGGUAAUUACGGAAUGUGUGGUCGUGCCUACUCGCCUCGUCUUCUCUUCAUGUGGCCUAAUGCUAAGAUCGGCGUUAUGGGCUCUGAGCAACUCUCCGCUGUUAUGGAGGCUGUUGGACGAUCCGCUGAUCCAGCUUUGAAAGAACGCAUUGAUCGCGAAUCUGAAGCCACUUUUUCGUCGGCUCGUUUGUGGGAUGACGGUAUCAUCCCGCCAUCUCAAACGAGGAAAAUGCUGGGAUUGGGUCUGGCAGCUGCGCUCAGUGGCAAGGCUGAGCCAGAUGUGCAAACCAGGUUUGGCGUGUUCCGGAUGUAG